AUGUCGUUUUGGCCAUUUGGGCAGAACGAGCACUCCAAUAUCCACCGGAUACUUGAUGAUUACUUCCAGAUUUUACAUGCGCUUGAAAAGCGCGACGAACUGCGCACAGAAGCACGAUUAGUAGGGGAUUUGUCCACGCACGAUGAGGUCGCCACAGGAGACGACGGGAAUGGCAUACUGCAGCACUCAGAAGACGAAGGGAGCACUGUGGGGUCUUACAACUCCACAUCCCGUCUUUCGAACCGCACACCCAGUCUGGCUCAGCUUAGCAGUGCUUAUAUUGAUAGCAUUCUCGCAGAAUCAGAGCUGUUAAAUGAGCUCACACGCCAGAACAACACGUUGCUAGACUUUGUCUGCUUCGGAUACUUCUUCACCUCCGACAAUGUCAAAGUCCAGAAUAUUGAAUACCUGAUCGACCAGCUCAUGACGUGCGUGGAGCACAUUGAAGAGGGUCGUUUGAGCCCUUGUAAUGGGGAUGAUGCGCGUGAGGCAAGUUUAGACGUAGGGGAUGUUAAUGAAAUUGAUAACGACAGAAAUAAUGCUAAUGACCAAGAGGGUGACGACGAAGAUACUAUAUCCGCGUCGAAACCGCGGCCCUCGCCACUCAGUAGAGCAACCAUCAUUUCUGAGAUCUUUGCGCUUGAUAUCUGGCUCAUUUCCGAGUCAUUGGUCAAGAACACAGGGUAUCUCAACAAGAUCUGGGCUAUCAUGUACCAGCAUAGCUUCUCAGCCGAGAACUCUGCUCUAGUACCCAUAUUUCUCAAAAUCAAUCAAAAUCUACUGAACACACGCCAGGACCAGUACCUCAACUUUAUUCGCUCAAAAACAACGUUAGUGGAAGACUUCAUGCAACAUGUCGAGGUAUCGGUGUUAAUAGAUUUCUUCCUCAAGAUCAUUUCAACUGACAAGCAAGAAUCACCCUCUGGCAUUAUAGAAAUGGUUCGCGAACAACAGUUGAUCAACCGUUUGUUGAGCUACCUUGACAACGAAACUUAUCCCUCUGACGUCCAGGCUUGCGCUGGUGAUCUCCUCAAAGCCAUCAUAACCAUAUCCGCCAAUGCACCUUUAGAUGACAUGUCAAUCGGACCCAAUUCGUUAACAAGACAGUUGGCCUCAGAAGAGUGUAUGCUUUUUCUUCUGGACACUAUCGUCAAUAAAAGGGGAAAUGCUUUGAUAAAUGCAGUCUCCAUCGUGAUAGAACUGAUACGAAAAAACAACUCCGAUUACGAUCAGGUGAACCUCCUGUCAACAACAUUGGAAGCCAAUCCUCCGUCAAUGCGGGAUCCCAUUUACCUCGGAACCAUGCUGAGACUGUUUACCGAGAAAUUGCCGUCCAUAUACCAGAUUUUAAUUGACAUUGAGACAAACACUAAAGGCGACAAGGAACUCGAAAAUCAACUCGGAGAAAAAUUCAAGCCCUUGGGGUUCGAGAGAUUCAAAGUGGUGGAGCUGAUCGCAGAGCUUCUCCACUGUUCUAACAUGGGCCUUUUGAACUCGAAGAAGGCUGAACGUAUAGUGAAAGAAAGAGACGAGGCAAGAACGUCCAUGGCCAUGCAGUUACAGGAUGCUUUGGUGGAUCUCGAUCUACAAGAUAACGAAAACAAGAAUGAUCCCGUCGAAACUAAUGAAACCCCUUUCGAUGAGGACAUUGAUGAAUCAUUUGACAUACCUUACGUCAAUCCCAAUCAAAAUGCGAAGCUGAGAGAGAAUCCUACGAUUGGCGAUCUUUUCAAAAUCGAGCUCUAUGAUAAUCAAAUUCUUCCGAAAAUCAUUCAACUCUUUUUGCAGUAUCCCUGGAACAAUUUUUGGCAUAACGUUGUGUUCGAUAUCGUCCAGCAAAUAUUCAACGGCAGAAUGGAUUUUUCUUACAAUUCAUUUUUGGUCUACUCUCUCUUCAACAACUAUGCGGCCAAGGAUUUUAUGGUAAAGACACCCGAACGAGUAAUUUGCGAUUUUCAGAUCACCCGUGAUCUCAUUCUCGAAGGUUACAAAAAGUCUUACGCUUUUUAUGAGAAGCACAAUACAGCUCUUGGGUUUAUGGGCCAUUUGGUCCUCAUUGCUGAAGAAAUCGUCAAAUUUUCAAAAGUUUACAAAGUUGAGCUUAUUUCACCUGAUAUUCAGGCGGUUUUACAGGCGGAGAAUUGGGUUUUUUACUCAGAGGAUGUUUUGAAUGAUACAAGGAUUAUGUACUCCAAGAUCCUAGGAGGUAAUGAUUAUAUGGAAGAAAACGGCGAAGAAGUGGAUGCUAUAAAUGAGAAUGAUGACACAAGUUUAAAUGCUGACAGCCAGCUGGGAGGAAAUUUGAUAAACGUAAAUGACUUGAAUCGAGAUUCGAACGUUGCUCUUUCCAACUUUGCUACCCAAAGCGAUCUACAUCUGAAAUUGAGAGAAAAGCUGAUAGAAAAAGCUCAGGAUGAAGUUGAUCGUCGGAACCAUGAGAAAGGUGUCAUACUUUUAGGUAUGACACCCGAAGCCGAGAUCCCGAAAUCUUUAGAGAAAGCAGAUCCGCUCAAUAUUGAGACUGGUGCUGAGAGGGCCCGUCACAAAUGA